AUGCCUUACUGCUGGGCCAUUCAGAGGAGAGGAAUACUGUUUUCUAGGGUGGGAGAAGGACCAUUUAAGAUCUCCUUCACCACUGGUUUGACAGCUCACUCUCACCUUCCUUUGCGUGCAGUGUUUGUCAUGGUGACAUGUGCUUUUCACUAUGGCCGUGAUGACUUGGAUGUGAUUGGUCUGACAUUCCACAAAGAUCUCUAUGCACAGGUCAAACAAGUGGUUCCAGCUGAACCCACCAGCAUCCAGGGCCCUCUCACACUCUUACAGGAGCGACUUCUGCACAAACUCGGAGCCAAUGCCUACCCUUUUACACUUGAGAUGGCUGCCAACCUGCCCUGUUCAGUGACACUGUAGCCAGGUCCUAAAGAUUUGGGAAAGCCCUGUGGGGUUGACUCUGAAGUGAAGAGUUUCUGUGCUGAAAAUAUGGAAGAGAAAAUCCCUAAGAGUGAUUCUGUGCAGCUGGUUGUCAGAAUGCAGUAUUCAUCCCUGGAACCAGGCUUUGGGCCCUGGGCCCAGACCAUCCACUGCUUCUUUCUGUCAUCUCAGCCCCUACGACUCCAGGUCUGGAUGGACAGAGAGGUUCACUAUCAUGGAGAAUCUAUUUCUGCCCAUGUUUCUAUCAACAAUUGUACCAGCAAGGUCAUCAAAAGAAUCAAGAUUGCAGUUGACCAGAUCACAGAUGUUGUCCUGUAUUCACUAGACAAGUACACAAAGACUGUGUUCAUUCAGGAGUUCACAGAGACCGUAGCUGCUAACAGUAGCUUCUCCCAGAGCUUUACAGUAACCCCACUCCCGGAUGCCAACUGCCAGAAGCAAGGCCUGGCACUGGAUGGCAAACUCAAGCAUGAAGACACCAAACUGGCCUCUAGCACAGUUCUUCGGCCUGGAGUGGACAAAGAGCUUCUGGCGAUCCUGGUGUCUUACAAAAUUAGAGUCAACCUGAUGGUAUACCAUGGAGGCAUCCUAGGAGGUCUGCCAGCCAGUGAUGUUGGUGUGGAACUUCCCCUAACCCUGAUUCAUCCAAAGCCAUCUCAUGGUGAGAGACCAGGUUGGAAGUCUGGGUUUUUAGGGGACGCAUGCGGGAGGGAAACACCUGGAAAGGGAAGAGGUAGACUAAAGAAAUUUCUCCAAGGAGCUGCAGAGCCUCUUGUCAGCCUCUUGUCUCCAUUUCCCUCACUCUGCAUGCUUGCCAUGGUGGCUACCAGCUCCGAGGACAUAGAAGACUUAUGCGGCAGGAACAUUCCUGCCGAGACAGAGCGCCUGAAGGCUUUGGCGGCAACCGGAGUUGAAGGAAGCUGA